AUGGCUCAAGCGGCUGCUGAGGCCAACCGUGGAAAGGUCAGAAUUCAUGAUGCUGGACAUUACGACGAAGUAUAUGAUAAAUGUGAAGAUCAACCACACACUCUGUCUCGUGCUCAAUCCAAUUGCUACGCAACAGCCAUCGGAAGACCUCUUUCUCCAGAACAAAUCCAGAUUUGUUCAAUUUUCUUAGAUUCAACUGUCACCUUUCGUUAUGCGGAAGCCUGUUUUGGAAGUGGCAAAACUUUGACGGCGGUGGCUUCUGGAGUGACUUAUGUGUCCGACAAUCCGAACGUUCGAGUUGCUUUCUUAGCUGAAACGAAUGCGGCAGUUAAUGCAGUGGUGGACGCCGCAAAAUUGGGAACUUUUUUCAAUUCACGGAACCAUCAUCAAAUUGCUGUUCGUUCUAAACAUCAUGCAAUCAAAAAACUGGAAAUCGAAGAAAGGCCUCCGAGACCAUCCAUAUGA